AUAGCUUUGAGAAUAUUUCUUCCUGAUACAUAUACAUUUAAGUUAACUAACUUAAUUUUUAUCAAUUUUAGGAUAUUUCUUUUUAUGGUCUACAUUGCAGCUUCUGUCCUCCAAAUGACUUGAUCUCUUUCUUACAUUAUUUAUGAUUUUCAUCGUUUUGGAUAAAUCAAUACUCCCAUUACAAACAAAAAAAAUGAAACUUAUUACAUAAUCAACACACUUUUCCGUGCGUAGCGCGGAGAAAAACUCUAGUGGUUAUAAUCCACAGAUCUGUCACACCCAAAAACCACAAAAGCCCAAACAAAUUUAACAUUCAUUUAAUGACGUGGAAGAUUGCUGUAUUUUUACUGGUUGAUUUUCCUAUCCUAGCUGGAUAUCUUUAGAAAACUUGGUAUCUUCUUUUUAGUAGUGUUAUUAUAGAUUUGUAAAUUUGUAUAUUAUUUUUCUUAAAUAAUUAAUAGGGGAAUUAAUAAGAGGUUUUAAUAAUUAUAUUCAAAUAGUUGAUGUUUAUGUUUUAAUAGUAUUGAUUUCAGUUUUCAAUCACUUUCUGUAGUUUUGGUCUCUAUUAAGAAAAACAAAAAAAUAUUUAAAAUAUUUUAGUUUCAACAAAUUUUUAAAAAAACAUCUUUAGAUUUAGUUUUUAAUUAAUGAAUAAACUAAAAGAGGCGUAAAUCUGUAAGCUUUUACACUUGUAAUUUUCAUUAAGAAAUAACUCAAAAAGGAAUAUUAAUUAAUUUCAAUCAACAAUUAAGAAAUAAUAGGAGAAGUGGUUAGCAAGAUUGAGACGAAGACCAAAUCAUACUAAACAUAAAACUUAUUGACGACGUUGAUUUCGAUGCCACCCCCACUUCCACCACUAUAUAUACAAACCCCUCAAAAAUCCUAAAGAAUGUAUAAAUCACAUCUCAGUUUAUAAAAGAAAAAAAAAACCGUCAAUGAGUAUCCGUCGCAGAUUACCGAGGACGAAGCUCCCCACUCAAAACGACGACGUCGUCACUCCUCGUCGAAGAGGCUCCGACGCGCUUCCUCUCCCGUUACACGUAACAAACUUCUUUUUCAGCUUCCUCUUCGCCGGCACCGUCUACUUCCUCCUCAUCCGGCGCGGCGAUAAGAUCAGCACCUCGACGCCUCUCCGCGUCGUCAACCUCUCCGAGAUCCUUUCACUCAUCGGAGUCAUCGCUUCGUUAAUCUACCUCAUCGGUUUCCUCGGCGUCGGUUUCGUCCAAUCCGUCUUUCUCCGAUCAUCCCCCGACGACGACGACGUUUGGGACGUCAACGACAUCGAUUGUCCUCUCUCAAUUCAAUCCCUCGAUGAACCUCCUCGCGAGUCUGAUCUUACUUCCGAGGAAGACGAAGAGAUCGUCAAGUCCGUGAUCGACGGAACCACCUCGUCUUACUCACUCGAGGCGAAGCUCGGAGACUGCAAGCGAGCCGCGGCGGUUAGACGAGAAGCGGUUCAGAGGAUAACUGGAAGAUCGUUAACCGGACUUCCUUUAGAAGGUUUCGAUUACGAUUCGAUAUUGGGACAGUGCUGCGAGAUGCCGGUUGGUUACGUUCAGAUUCCGGUUGGGAUCGCCGGACCUUUGUUGCUCGACGGGAGAGAGUACUCGGUGCCAAUGGCGACCACGGAGGGUUGUUUGGUUGCGAGUACCAACAGAGGGUGCAAGGCUAUUCACUUGUCUGGUGGCGCUUUCAGUGUUCUCAUGAAGGAUGCAAUGUCUAGAGCUCCUGUGGUUAAGUUCCCUUCUGUCAGAAGAGCUGCUCUUGCCAUGUUUUAUCUACAGGAUCCUGCUCAUUUCAAGAGACUCUCUCUUAUUUUCAACAAGUCGAGUAGGUUUGCUAGGCUUCAGAGUAUCACUUGCUCGAUUUCUGGGAGGAAUCUUUAUCCGAGGUUUGCGUGUGGUACUGGCGAUGCUAUGGGGAUGAACAUGGUCUCCAAAGGUGUUCAGAAUGUCUUGGAGUUUGUCAAGACAGAGUUUCCUGACAUGGUUGUUAUUGGCAUCUCAGGGAAUUGCUGUUCGGACAAGAAAGCCUCGGCUAUAAACUGGAUCCAAGGACGUGGAAAGCAUGUUGUGUGUGAAGCUCUUAUUAAAGGUGAGAUUGUGAAGAAUGUGUUGAAGACUAGCGUAGAGGAUCUUGUCGAGCUUCACGUGCUCAAGAACCUUACUGGUUCAGCUAUGGCUGGUUCCCUUGGUGGAUUCAAUGCUCAUGCAAGCAAUAUAGUCAGCGCUGUCUUCAUCGCCACUGGCCAAGACCCUGCUCAGAACGUGGAGAGCUCUCACUGUAUCACCCAGUUUGAAGCUGAAGGCGAAGACCUUCACGUCUCUGUCUCUAUGCCUUGCAUUGAGGUUGGUACUGUUGGAGGUGGGACACAGCUUGCAUCACAGUCAGCUUGUUUGAACCUGCUCGGUGUAAAAGGAUCAUCAAGCGACGAGGAGAAAGCUGGCUCGAACGCAAGGCAACUGGCGAGAAUUAUUGCUGGUUCGGUUCUUGCGGGAGAGCUGUCGCUAAUGUCUGCUAUUGCAUCUGGACAGCUUGUAAAGAGCCACAUGAAGUACAACAGAUCCAGCAGAGACAUUGGCCCUUCAUCUCAACUGAACAGAUGAGCAUGAAACAGAUAAUAAAACAAAUUAGUAAAAAAAAAGAUUUGAUCUAGUAACCUUCAUUUGUUUGUUCUUCAUUGAUUGACCCCGUUUCUAGCUAUGUAUGUAUUCCGAACUACCUUAUUUAUUAUGUAAAGACAAUUUAGUACUUUCAUGGCUUUUAGAUCAUGAAUAGUCUUUGAUAAGUGACCGUUUGAUUAUCUUACUACGUUUUAAACCAA